AACAUCUAUUAAGUUUUCAAAAUAACAUAAAAUAGAUGUCUGUAGGAUUGUUCUUUAUUUGUCGGUUGAAAUGUUUCAACUAGGAGAAUUUGAAUAAAUAUUUAAAUUAACAAAUUAUCAUAGUAAUAUAUUUAUGUUUUAAAUAAAAACAAAGAGGCGGAAUAUUUGUUGUUUAAAUUAUUGUCAAAAUGACAUCAAAAACAGAGGUUACAUUAGAACAUUUUUAUAUAUUCAAUGGCACGUAUGCAAAGAAAGAGGGGGAGGCAAGUAAUUAAAAUUUAUCAAUAGAAAAGAAGAAAAAAAAAUUCUUUAUUAUUAUCCAGAAAAAGAUUUAGAUGUCCAGAUUAAAAAUAUAGGGCUCAGUGAAGCAAUUAUUAAAUUUGCACAGUCAUUUAAUCCUGGGCAACCAUGCGAUUACUGUCACACACAUAAAACUCGUCAAAUUUAUUAUCAACCAGAACCAAAUUUUUGGAUGGUAAUGAUUGUUGGUGUACCAUAUAUAUGGAAGGAGAAAGAUGGUAAUAAGUAUACAGAAUAUCAAUAUGAUGAAGUUUCUAGCAGUGUUUGUCAGGCUCUAUUGAAACAAGCAUAUGUUAUGUUUAGACUAUUUAUGGGAUCAUUUGAUACUAUCAUUAAUGAACCUGAAUGUGGAUCUAUAACAUUGUUAAAACAUAAACUUGAACAUUUUUAUUCAAGGUAUUUAAUGUCUUUAAAGUUGAAUAACAGUGAUAUUUUGGACGUUUUCCAAGGCUUACAAUUCUUACCUCUUGAUAAAAUAACAUUUUUACGGGUUCAGUGUUUCAUGAAUCUAGUAGAAGCUAUGUUUUCUCAAGUAAAAUACACUGCAUUUCUUUACAAUGAUCAAGUUGUGUGGAGUGGUUUGGAGCCAGAAGAUAUGCAAGUAGUUUAUAAUUAUCUAGUAAGUACACUUUUGCCAGCUCAUCUUGAAAAAGAAUUACACGAGGGUUCAAUGCCCAGAAAUUCACCUUCACCAUUUACAACCACUCACUAUGGAAAAUUUGUCACUGGUCCAUCUAGCAUUAAUGAACCAAGUUUAAUCGGAAAAUCUCCUAAAGUAUUUAUUAAUUAUUCUACGAAACCAGUGUCACUGUAUUUAGUUGUUUAUAGAGCAUUAAGUGCUACAAUAUGCCUAUUUGUUGAUAGUAAAACAAGUUUGUUAAUAGAUUUCUUUAAAAGUCUGGACAGCUUUCUUGGUCCGCAAUUAACCACACUUGUUAAUUCAGUUGCUGAACAAUGUACUAAACAUGUAACAGUUUCUUCUGAAUCAUGCAAAUAUCUAUAUUUCAAUAAACUUAAUUUAGCAUAUAAAAGUACAAUACAUCCAGAUAACAGGAGAUGCUCUAAUGUCCUUACAACACCGGAAGUAUUGAGAGUUAUCACUGAUAUAUAUAAUGAUACAAAUAAAUUAAAAGAAGCUGGAGAAAUUAUUAUAAAAACUAUGAGCGAUUAUUGGGUCGUUGGAAAGUUAUCGAACUUAAGGGAAUUUUUUGUAGUUAUUCAACAAAAAAGUGCAAGUAUAAUGGAAAUAGAAGAAGAUGUAAAAAAACUUUGUGAAAAGGAAUUAAAGAGUAUAUUUUUCCAUUAAUGAAAAAGUCUGGUAAAUUUAUAUAAAUAUUUAACGACUAUUUUAUAUGAUGACUAAAUAAUUGUUCACUCUUUUAAUCGAUCUACAAGUAAUGUAUAAUCUGAAAAAUAAUAUUAUAACAAUAGAAGUAAUUUAUAUAAAAUUUAAUGUAAAAUAUAAAAUCUGUACAUACAAAUUAUAUAUUUUUAAAAUA